AUGGGUUGGUUUGCGUUCUCUGCUGGAAUAAAAGGCAGACUUGAGGUCUUGAAAUUGCCAACCUAUGCAGAAGUGGUGGACCGGGCGUACAUAGCAGAAAAGGGAAUUAAAGCCUCACGUUCCGGAGAACCAAGCUUCAAGAAGCGAUUCUGGGAAAGGGAUAACAGAAGACCCGGUGUUGCACCUCAUAAAAAGGUGAGCAUGGACACAACCAGCUCAGGCCACCAUGGUCCGACCAACCCCCGAGGUGGCACUAUUCCAACUUGCGCCACUUGUGGGAGGGCACAUUGGGGACAAUGCCAUCGAGACACAGGAGCAUGUUUUAGAUGCGGACAGUUUGGCCACUUGCUAAGGGAUUGUCUAAAGAUGGUUAAUCCUACAGCUAGCCCCUCUGGCCCAGUCAAGAGACCCGCGGGACCUGGAGGAGAAAAUAAGGACCAAAACUGCCAAGGUUGGGCUUUCACCUUGGUACCUGGAAAACCAGAAGUUACUGAAAAUGUGGAUUCAGGUACACUUUCUGUCUGUGGUCUUUUAGCUCAUUUCCUUAUUGACUCUGGGUCAACUCAUUCUUUUGUUGCACCACACUUUGCUGCCAAGUUGACAUCAACACCCAAACCAUUAGGAUAUACAUUGUCUGUGUCUUUUCCUUCUGAGGCCUCCACCGUUGAUGCAAUUCCUGUAGUUCGAGAAUUCCUGGAUGUCUUUCUUAAAGAUCUACCCGGUAUUCUAGUUGAUCGGGAGAUCGAAUUCACCAUUGAAACCCAACCUGGCACGCAGCCUAUAUCAAAAGCUCCUUAA